GCCUUGUGCGUGCAAGGCAAGAGCUCUACCACUGAGCCAUAUCCCCAGCCCCAAGCCUGCCUUUUUGUCAGAGAGUACGCGGCAGCAGCAUUCACUGUGGUUCUGAACACAUUUCGUGAAGAUUCUCAUGAAAAGAUUUCUAGGACUGCUCCAGAAGGUAGCAAGAAUGAUAGGAUAAGUAUGUUCAGAGCACUGUUGGAAGUGAUUAUGAAGAACGGAAGCACUGCUGGAAGCAGCCCGCACUGCCGGAAGCCUGCAGGGGGUGGGGAGCAGAGCAAAGCCAGCUGCACUAAGGAUGGCGCAUCUGGGGGUGCCGAGAGCGGGAAGGGCUACACCCGUGACCAGGUGGAGGGCGUUCUCAGCAUAAACAAAUGUAAAAAUUACUACGAAGUACUUGGAGUUACAAAAGACGCAGGUGAUGAAGAUUUGAAAAAAGCUUACCGAAAGCUUGCUUUGAAGUUUCAUCCAGACAAAAACCUCGCACCUGGAGCAACAGAUGCAUUUAAAAAGAUUGGAAAUGCUUAUGCUGUUUUAAGUAAUCCAGAGAAACGAAAACAGUAUGACCUCACUGGCAGUGAAGAGCAAGCUUGUAAUAACCAGAGCAAUGGCAGGUUCAACUUCCACAGAGGUUGUGAGGCGGACAUAACCCCAGAAGACCUGUUCAAUAUAUUUUUUGGUGGUGGAUUUCCUUCAGGUAGCGUACAUUCAUUUUCAAAUGGCCGAGCUGGUUAUAGCCAUCAACAUCAGCAUCGACAUAGUGGACAUGAAAGAGAAGAAGAAAGAGGAGACGGAGGUUUUUCUGUGUUUAUCCAGCUGAUGCCCAUAAUUGUAUUGAUCCUCGUGUCAUUAUUAAGCCACUUGAUGGUGUCUAAUCCUCCUUAUUCUUUAUAUCCCAGAUCUGGAUCAGGGCAAACUAUUAAAAUGCAGACAGAAAACUUGGGAGUGGUUUAUUAUGUCAACAAGGACUUUAAAAAUGAAUACAAAGGAAUGUUACUACAAAAGGUAGAAAAGAGUGUGGAAGAAGAUUAUGUGACUAAUAUUCGAAAUAAUUGCUGGAAAGAAAGACAACAAAAAACAGAUAUGCAGUAUGCCGCAAAGGUAUACCGAGACGAUCGCCUCCGGAGGAAGGCGGAUGCCCUGAGCAUGGACAACUGUAAGGAACUGGAGCGGCUGACCAGUCUGUACAAAGGAGGCUGAGCGGCUUGCGUCUGUGCCUGUUAGCACACUCCUGAUCUCUUCUGUAAAUUUAGUUUCAUCACAAGAGCUGAAGAAAAGAUUUGAUAUGAGAAACUGAACUGAAUAGUUGGUUUCUGAAAUCUUGGGCUGUUUCUGACCUCCUGGUUCCUUUAAACAGUAAGAACUGAAAACUAAACUUAAUAUUUUAGUUGUGCUUCUACAGUUACUUUCAUUUUAAAAGCUUAUAUGAUUCCUAACUAAAAAUGUCUUGAGAAGGGAUUAUCACACCUGUAGCGAUUUCUACUUUUAGUAAUUCUCCAUUUGUCCCUUGUCAUGUAAAUAUUUAUGGAAUGAACAUUUUGUGUACAUACAGGUUAUUGCCUUUUUAUUUAAGUUAUUUUAGUGUUUAGCUCAAUGACACACUUCUUUUAAGGUGAUGGAAUAAAGGUUGUGUGACACAAUUAUGUUUUCCCUAUCAGGUCAAGUAUGUAGAGUUUAAACAAUGAAACUUUUUCAAAUGGAAAAAGAAAACAAAAACCAAAAACUAUUUAAGUUUCUGUAAACUCUUAUAGACUUAUCAACUUAGAAGGAAUUAAUAUUUUUAAUAUUUGCUAUUAUAUUCCAAAAUAUGUACUGAGAUAAAUGAACUGGUGUAGAAUAUCAGUUUGCUAUUUAGUUUAUUGCAUUGCUAAGCCAUAUGUAGAAAUGAAAUGCUAUACUGAUAAAAAAGAAAAUAUGAGGAAAUGGCUAUAAAUAUUAAAUUAAGAGGGUCUUCAGUAGUAAAUUAUAGUUAUGCAUUUGCAAUCCUAAUAAUUAAAAGAACCGAAGUGUUCAUUUAUAUGUCUUGGAAGGCUGCUAGUAUUUAUGAAGAAGACACCUAAUUGUCUACCCAUAGAAAUUUGCAUUUUCUUAGUGAUCAUUUAAACAGGAUCCAAAGGUAGAUAGAUUCUUCUACAAACAAUAAGAAAAAUUAUUAAGUACAGCUUUGUGCCUUUUAACCCUACUGCCAACUCCUAAAUGUAUACAUAGGUUCCCGUUCAUUUAUUGAUCAGGAUCUGUUUGGCCACAUGCAACAGUGAGCAGAAAUAGAGCAGCAGGUAGAAUAGUGAAUGAUAUAGCAAGUCAUGCGAUAAAAAUCCUAAGACACAAUCUCUUCACCUUUGAGUAACUCAAUUAAUCCUGUAGGAAUAAGCUCCUUAUAAUUAAAUCCUUAAUAUAAAUUAGAAAAACAGCAGCUGGAAAUUGAAGUUUUUGGUGCCUAUGAGUAUGGAAUUAUUUGAUUUCUAGUCUUCUGUGCUAGUAAUAUUUUAAUGAUUUUGCUUCAACCCAGUGGAACAUGAACAUAAUUUUGGCAGUUCUUCUGUGAGCAGGGUAGAGUGGUUUUGUUACUUUUGUUUAAGGAUGGGGGGUGUGGUUGAUUUAUAACACCUGUCAAAUAAAAUUGCUGACAAUGUUCUCUUGUAUCCUCUUCCUAAAUAAAUAUGUAAAAACACCUAAUUGAAUUCAAGGUUAAAAUAAACAUAUUGUCAUAGGAAUCCUGAAA